CAGUCAUGUUGGAAACACGAUCGUGAAUAAAAGUCUGAAAAUUUUCAAAAAACGCGCGCGGCUAAAUUGGCGUCUAUAGUGUAGAAAAAAAGGCAAAUAAAAUUUAAAAAAAGUGGUUUUAAAAUAUUGGUGGCCCAAACAAGAGGAAAGAGUAGUAAGGAGAUCAAUUGCUUAAACUACACAUACACCUCUAAUAUAUACAUAAGUCGAAAAGCAGCAACAGAAAAGGCUCCUAAAAUAAAUGCCUAGUUUCUUUUUAACAAAAAUUCAAACAAAAAAUUAUACAACUGAAAAAUUCAAUUAUGGCGUUAAUAAAGUGGAAAAUAUUAUAAAUUAUUAAUGUGUUCGUGUUCCAAAUUUGAAAUUAUCGCUUUUUUCGUUAAUAUGUAUGUGUAAACAAUAAUAAUAAAAAAGAAAAAUUUUGCGGAAAUUUUUCGCAUAAUUUGAAAAAGUUAUACACAAUAUCAUAUUGGGUGUGUGUGUGCCCAAUGCCCAAAACCAAAUUUGGGUGUAGUGCGCAAUAAAAAAAGUUUUCAUUUUUUAAACAAAAUUCCUCUAAAUGCUGAGACAUGCAAUUUUCCAUUGCAAAUUACAGAAAAUUCAUAUGAACAGAGCUGAGCAACUCAACACUUUAUUUAUUGCGACCAGAAUAACUGAAAUUUACAAAUUCAGCAUUUUACAAAUAUUGGAUUAUUAUGAGAAAAACUGAAAAACUCUCUUACAUUGAGUAUCAAAUGGGUCACAAUGUAACACACACAUUAACAUUUGUUAUUCAUGAGAACUGAUCGUAACUCUAAAUGUUGAAACAUACAUCGAAUGCUGGUGGACCAGCAAAUGGUCAAGUUCGUAAUAAUUCUACCACAAGUACAGCACGCAAUAUACACCUAAGACCACAACAACCUUUGAAUAUAUCGACACUGAAUGCCACCAAUUUGCAGACAUCAACGACGACAACGACAAACGCCUCAACGCUAGCCGUUAAUGGAGGACCACGUUUAUCAACCCUACUUAAUAUUGCAUCACCCUCAACAAAUGUUUGCAAUCAACAACAACAGCAGCAACCACCACAACCACCAACGUUACCUUUGCCACUACCACCAACCGGAAAUGGUAAUACAACGACUAAUACUACAACCACUACUACAUCAGUAACACCGAUAAUAAAUCAUCUUACCCCAAAUGGGCUAAAUGGUAUCGGUAAUAAUUUACACACCUACACAAAUCAACAUAUUGCCUUGGCUCAUGCGGCGGCAGUUGCUGGUACAAAUGCCGGUACAAGUAACGGUAAUUUGGUGAAUAGUACCGUUUUAAAUCCAAAUAAUACCACCAAUCAUACGAACUAUACAAAUUAUACGAAUCCUGUUGGUGCCAUAAUAAAUCAAUCGAAACAUGGUCCCGGUCCCAGGGAGGCCUUAACUAGUUUAGGUUUAUUAUGUUUGGUUUCCCUACUACUGGCAUUGUUGUCUUUAAUAUUUUUACUAAAAAUAUCGCCAAAUGCCCGCGAAGAUGCCUUAACACGAAGUUCUCCCGAGGAUUUUAUUAUAGUUUAUGAUGUUACUUUGGCGCUAUGCGCUUUAUCUCUCUCAUUAAAUCUUUGCUGCCUGUUGGUGUGUGCAAUUCAGUUCCUUUUUGCUGUCAAAUUAGUGCGUUCACCCAUGUUUGAUGGACGAGACAAUCGUUAUUUGGAAAAGUCUAGCACUAGUCGAACUUGUGCUGUUGGCGGUUUCUUUAUAUCCAUACCCAUAUUCUUAACAGGCAUUAUUUUAUAUACUUUCAAUCACUUCCACUCAACACCUGCCAUAAUUACGAGUGUAUUAAUUGGAAUCGGUAUUAUUUUCUGUGGUGCAGCAAUGGUUCACAAUGUUUUCGUUUGGCAAAAAGAGAAAACCAUUAGUUAUCGUAGUGCUCCCCUUAAUCACAUGUCGAUGGUGUCACAAAUUGGUCCUAUAACACCACCUAUUCAAUUUCUUAAUCCUCAUCCCAUUCAUCCGCCUCAUCUCAAUUUUAAUCAAUCUAACAUAUCUACAGUUCUGCAUCCAACAUCUAUAACACCAGUAUCUCCGAAUCAUUCACAUGGAAGUUUUAACCCUUUAACCGCCUUAAGUUCAUCAUUUAUGAUGCGUCCUUCUACAGCUACGCCGCCUACCCCAAAACCCAUUGCCAACGGUGGUUGUUUAUCGACUCUAGGCGGUGCAACUGCUCGUGAAGCCAGUGGCUCUGUGAGUCCUGGCUUACCACCCACCUUGGAUAUGAGCAAUGUUACUAGCACUUCGUUACACGAACUAUCCACUUUAGUCUAAUGUAAAUUAUACUCUUUUCUCUUUUAUUGUUUUGUAUAUAUUUCGAAUAUAUUUUUUUGAUAUUCUUAGAUUUAGGAUUAAAUGCAUUAAAUUAAAUAAUAAUCGAACAAACUAACAUAUUUAAGUAAAAAUAUAAUUUCUUGCCUAAACCAGUGAAUUUUUGUAAAGAAAUAUAACAAAAAAUUGUGUAAAUAAUAAAUAAAAUUAUCAAAAAUCAUCAAGAAUUU